UCGUCGUCGUCGUCGUCGCCGUCGUGGUCGUCGUCGUGGUCGUCGUCGUUGUUGUCAUCGUCACCACCGCCGUCAUCGUCAUCAUCGUCAUCAUCGUCAUUGUCGUCGUUGUCAUCAUUGUCGUCGUUUUCGUGAGAGAUCGGCAGUGCCUACCUAGGCGCCGCCGUUCCUAAUCCCUCCUAUUGUGUGUUGCUAAUAUAUUAGUAGUGGGCCCCCUGUAUAUCCGGUGUGUGUCGUGCACGAAUGCGUGGAGUUAACACGAGAGGUAGAUAAAUGUCUCUCAACCAUGCCCGCCGUGCGGAAGUACAGAAGGGAUACCAGUGAAGUGAGCUGUUGCCUCAAGUACGUCAUCUUUGGAUUUAACGUCAUGUUUUGGUGGCUCGGUUUGGGCAUCAUGGCGGUGGGUGUAUGGGCAUGGACGGAAAAGGACACAUUUAACAAUUUGUCCCGCCUCACGAACGUUGCACUCGAUCCAGCAUUUAUACUCAUUCUAGUCGGUACAGUGACAUUUAUCAUCGGAUUUACGGGGUGUGUCGGCGCACUCAGGGAAAAUACGUGCCUCCUAGCCGCAUACGCGAUAUUCCUGGCGUUAUUGCUGCUAAUGGAGAUGACUGCCGGUGUUUUAGGCUUCAUCUUUAAAGACUGGAUAAAAUCACAAGCAACCGGGGGCUUCCAAGCUUUCAUCAUACACUAUCGCGAGGAUCCCGAUCAACAGAAUUUGAUCGACUGGAUUCAAGAGGAUUGGUUACAAUGUUGCGGUAUCGAGGGCCCAAAAGAUUGGGAUCGUAAUAAUUAUUUCAACUGUUCGUCGAGUGACAUCGGUUCGAGGGAAGCCUGCGGUGUGCCUUUCAGUUGCUGCAAAAGGAAACCAAACGAAAUUAUCAAGAACAAGCAGUGCGGCUAUGACGUUAGGAAACCUAGCUACACGGGAGAGAGGAGUAUAUUCGAAAGAGGUUGCCUAAGGGCAGGAGAAGAGUGGCUAGAGCUGAAUCUCGUGCCUGUCGCCGGUACGGUUGUCAGCACUAUGGUCCUUCAGAACAAGAAAAGUAUUUGCAUCGACUCACGUAUCGAUGGAUCCUAUCCAUUUAAAGGGAAUCUGGAAAAGAGAACUCUGGCAAAUCCGUCGUGAACUUAGAACGACUUAGAACUUUGCUAUGGCGACGCCCAAAGUAACCGCAUCGGCUUUGUGCUUUCCUUCCUUGUUCUUUUCUCCCUCUCUUUCUCUUUUUUUUCUCUACUCUUUUUUCUCCCUUUUUCUUCUCGUUUCUUUUUAGUUUUUCCUACGUCAUAGUUUAUCCAGUCUCUUUAUUUUAUUUAUGUAAAAGUCGAACGAGAAAGAACAUUUUUAGAAGAAAGUUCGAACGAUCCGCCAACUCUCGACCAUUUUACUUAUUACUUUACCGUUUUUAGUAAACGAACGAUGUCGCAUGUAUAAAUUAUUGUGUAUAUAAAUAUAUGUGUAAUCAUACAUAUUUAUAAAGCAGAUUUGUUUAAUCGUUACACAUACCUAUAAUUUCUUUAUAUGCUUGUCGUAAAAUAAAAAAAAAAAGAAAAAGAAAAAAGAAAUGCACAUAUAUACACGCGUAUACUUACACGUAUCACAUAUAUACAAAUAUACACACAUUACGCCUACACACAUACGUGUUAAAAGUACGUGGCUGUUAGUACGAAUAUCGUUGAACGUUGACGAGAAACAAGUAAGUAAUGAGCUUGUAUACGAUCGUUAAGCCCCUGCUGUGUCAUUAAAACGGGAUAACGGCGUAGCUUCCGUAAAACGUGUGUCUCAUUUCUCUGGUAAGUACCGUAACCGAUUGUUCCGAAUUAAUGCUAAGAGAACAUAUUUCUUUCCCUUGGAAUUUCAUAAAUAUGGUGAGAUUAAAUAAAAAUUCAUAUAAUAAAAAAAAAAAAAAUAAUAAUAAUAAUAAUAACUACAACAAUAGUAAUAAAAAUAUUGAUAAUAAUAGUAACAUCAAUAAUAAUUUUUUAUAUAUCGUUACAAAAAUAUCAAUGACAAAUAUCAAUGGAGUAAAUCGUAAGAAGGGAGUAAACAAUAUUAGUUAAUCGUAAAAGAUCUAUUACUUUUAUUAUU